CAAAAGACACAACAAGCACCAUAAGCUUCAGUGUUGAAUAUGAGCCAGAUAAAAAGAAGAAAGAGAAAUUGCUGAAAGCCCCAGUGAAAGAGGUGUCUCCCAAGCUAGCCACCAUGGAGGUCUACGAGGGUGAUUUGGAGAGUGAAUUCAACAAUUUUGAAGACUGGGUAAAAACAUUUGAACUCUUUCGAGGCAAAAUUACUGAGGAAGAUCAUACUGAUUUUGAAGACAGGAUUGUCGGGAAAUUUAAGGGCUGCUUCUGCAUAUACAAAACUCCUGAAGAUUGUUCCUCAGGUGACGGAGGUUCCCCCAAAAUUCUGCAAGGCCUACCCCCAAAUCAGUCAGUGAAUGUUCUAAUCAGAGUAUACAUUGUGGCGGCAUUUAAUCUUAGUCCUGCUGAUCCUGAUGGUAAAUCUGAUCCUUAUAUUGUGCUGAAAUUGGGGAAAACAGAAAUUAAGGACCGAGACAAAUAUAUUCCAAAGCAACUAAAUCCCAUUUUUGGGCGGUCAUUUGAAAUUCAGGCAACUUUCCCUAAAGAAUCCUUGCUUUCGGUCCUGAUCUAUGACCAUGAUUUGAUUGGUUCAGAUGACCUCAUUGGAGAAACUAAAAUUGAUCUAGAAAACCGUUUCUACAGCAGACACAGAGCUACUUGUGGAUUACAAAGCCAAUAUGAAAUUGAAGGAUACAAUGCUUGGAGAGACGCACUCAAACCAACUGAAAUCUUGAGCAAGUUAUGCAAAGAUAACAAACUGAAUGGGCCAAUCAUGCAACCUGGAAUGAUACAAAUA